GUUGAAGGGGCAGCUCAUGUUGUGGGACGACAUGAGGAAGCAAGUUGUGUUAUUUUACUUUGUGGUGCUUUUUCAUCAUCAUCUUCUUCUUCCAGUCGAUUCAGAACACCAAAGAAACUCCUCACAUGCAGUUAACAAGCCUUACAAGCCUGGAGCUGGUGCCGGUCGUGGUAUUCAUCAUCGUAAUGGGCAUGAUAAAGGCGAUUUGUUGCACAACAAGGUACACCUACACGGCUCCGCCGCCGCCGCAGGUCAUCAUGACAACAAGAACCACCGUCAUGGUAUAAGUAGUGGCACAUUAAAUUGCGUUUGCCCCUACUUUUAUCUUUACCUUCUUUUGUUUAUUUCAAUUGUUGUUGGAGUUUCCCUAAAUGGAGUUGCCUUAGCUUGUACUGAUUUUGCAGCUCUCACAAUUUAUGUAUAUUACUAGUGUUUUUUUACCCGCGCGUUGCACGGGGAAUAUGUCUAUUGUAUUUGAU